AUGCGGGAUCAGUUGACACCCUAUCGCCUGGACACAACAGCCUGGCCAGCCUCUGACCAGCUCAUCUGUGAGCCCCCCUGCAUGCCUCAGUUAGCCAGCAACAUCCUGAGGCUCGGAGACCUGAGCGUGCCUGUCACCACGCGCUGGCUGUUCCUCCCUUCAAGCCUGCUGGCCGUAGCCACACUGGCUUGGACCCCCAUGCUGCUGGUAACCAUCCUGCAGAGCCAGAGACUUCGGCAAGAGCCCCACUACCUGCUGCUGGCCAACAUCCUGCUCUCGGAUCUGGCCUACUUCUUCCACAUGCUCAUCUCCUCCAGCAACAUGGGCAGCUGGGCCCUGACUGCAUUCAUUGCUUGUGGUGCUCUCACAGAUGCUAUCUUCAUUGCCUAUACCAGCACCAUCUUGUCCUUCAUGGCCACCGUGCUGCACACCUACCUGGCAGUUGCUUAUCCUCUGCACUACUUCUUCAUGUCCUAUGAAGCUGCCCAGAAAGUGGUGGCCCUCAUCUGGCUGGUGGCCUGCUUCUUCCCCACAUGUCUCAUUUGGCUUAGCAAGCGGCAGGAUGCCAGGUUCGAGCAAGGGGCCUCAUGUAUCCUGCAGCUGAGUCUGGGCACUGAGCCAGGCCAUGGCCCGCUGGUCACUGUCACCAUAAAAGAGAUUUUAUGCAUUCUCUCUCUAUGCAUAGCUUCCAUCACCUACUGCUUAUGGAGGAUCUAUGCAGAGACUAGGACUUUAGGCAUCUGGGUGCAGGGCUAUUUCUGGGCCAGGGGUACCCUGCUUAUCCACACAGUGUUAAUCAUGCUGUAUGUUAGCCCAGUUGUGGUGUUUUCCCUGGACAAUCUAACCAAGUACCACCAUAUUGAUGCCAGAACUCAUGUGUGGCUCAUGGCAGCCAACAGUGAGGUGCUCAUGAUGCUUCUUCAUGCCAUGCUCCCAUACCUGUACACACUCCGUUACCAGCAGCUGCUGGGGAUGGUCCGGGGCCACUUCUCAUCCAGGAGGCACAGUGACAUCUUCACUAUUUCUUAG